AUGCGGAAUAAAAUUCCAGGAUUAAAUUUUGAGAAACGAGAGCAAUACAGAAUUAAAAUUUGUAAUGAAUUGAGAUUAAAUGCUGCCGCUUGUGAAGCAUGGGAAAAGAUGGAUGAAGAUUUACUUGGAAAUUUAUCUGGUGUUUUGGAAGAAAGAGAAUUUUUGGGAGCUAAAUUGACAACAACUUAUGCAAAUAGAAUUGCUUCAAAGAUAAAUGAACUCAAAAAAGCAACAAAUCGUUCAGAAUUGCAUACUGAUUUACAACAGACUUGA